GAUCUGAUGGCGUCAAGUGGACGCCACCGCCAUGGUACACCUUGACCACGAUCUUCGCAUCGCUCUCCAGCCACGCGGCUGGCAUCCUCGGCUUCGUGGGCUUCCAGAAGAUCGUGGUGGCCAGGAUCGUGUCCACCAGCCAGCCGAGGGCCAACUGGUCGACGCCCAAUUUCCUCCUCCUUACCAGCAUCGCCAUUUCCAUCACGGCGAUCUUUUCAAGCCUCGUGUUUAUGGGCGUGGACUACUUGCGCCGUCUGGCCAUCGAUAGUGCACGGAGCCGGGGCUUCCGGCUGGUUUUCAUGCGCGGCAAGCUGGAGCGCACAGGACUCGGGAUGGCGCUGAUCAUGUUAACCUUCGUGCUGAUCGCACUGUACAUGCUUGUCAUCUACACGGAGACGCAGAAUUCGAAGAAACAGGAGGCAUCUCCAGAUUCGGCCGUCAACGACUGGGGUCACAUGAAAGUGUUCUGGGACAAGGCCUGCAGCUGUGCUACGGUCCUUCUUUACUUCCACAACCUUCGCAGCUUGUGUGAAUCACCCAAGGUGCCGUUCCACCAGACUGUCGCAAGUGCAGACGAGGAUCUGGAGCAAAUCAACAUCAAGGACUACUUGACGAAGUUCUGCAAUCGCCGUGAUGAAAGGUGGGCUAAUUGCACAGAUUGA